UAGGGAUACAAAACUGAUGGAGGACAAUAUUCCAACUAAGGGGCAAUGCCCCCUUUUGCACCCUCGUGGCGCCGGGCCUGGGCAGGUAGUCUAGCUGUUUAAGAGCACUGGAUCACUUACCGAAAGUUUGCUGAUUUGAAUCCCCGUGCCGACUUGUUGACAAAUUUAUCAAUGUGCCUUUGAGCAAGGCACUUAACUCUAAUUGCUUCUGUAAGUCGCUCUGGAUAAGAGCGUCUGCUAAAUUAUUAAAAUAUAAAUGUAAAUGUUUUUGUUUUUUUAUAUAUAGUAAAGAUCUCUUCCUGCAGGCUGAGGAGACUGGCUGAGGAGGAAGAGAGACAACUUUUAGAGGAGAAGGAGACUGAGAGGAGAAGAAAGGAGCAGGCGGAGAAAGAGAGGGAGUGGAGGAAGAAGGAGAAGAAGAGACGACAGUUUGAGAUGAUUCAGAAGAUCAGACAGGAGGAGGAGGAACGCAGGGCAGCUGAGUUGGAGCUGCAGCGACUCGAGGAGGCGAUGAGUAAAGAAGAGGAUAGGAAGAGGCUGGCAGCGAUGGAGGACCAUGAGAAGAGAGAGUACCUGCAGAAACAGAAGGAGGAGGAAGAGGAGAGGAAGAAAGUAGUGGAGGAGAGAAAAAUCAGAGAGGAAGAGGCAGCGCAGUGGGCUAAAGAAGAGGCACGACUACAAGCUGAACUGUUCGCCAGGCAGAGGGCUAUGCUGGAGCAGCAGCUACAGUUUCGUCGAGGCUUGCUGACGGAGGCCGGGGCUCUGGGACAGACUCAGGACAUCUCUCGAGCUUGGGUCUACUCUUACUUCCAGCUCAUACAACUACUGGGGCUGACUGAGGUCCCCACAGCACAGGAAGACUCACCCGAAGACAUGUCCUAGAAUUUAAGGGGAAAACUAAAAGGAUGUGGCUGAACAGCAAACCAACGUUGAAUUUCCAAGUUGGGUCAAAUUAGGUUAUGAUUAAGGUAAGGGUAAGUUUAGGUCGGGCUGACAAUGGGAUGCUAGUCGGUCAGGUCCCUUCAGUCAGGUCCUUCAGUCACGUCCCUUCAGUCACGUCCCUUCAGUCACGUCCCUUCAGUCACGUCCCUUCAGUCACGUCCUUCAGUCACGUCUUUCAGUGACGUCCCUUCAGUCACGUCCUUCAGUCACGUCCCUUCAGUCACGUCCCUUCAGUCACGUCCUUCAGUCACGUCCUUCAGUCACGUCCCUUCAGUCACGUCCCUUCAGUCACGUCCUUCA